AUGGGCGUGAAGCAAGACACUGCCCUAUUUUGGUACAAACUAGCCAAAUCAUUGACCAUCCUCAGCCUGGUUGCUGUUAUCACAAUGGGAUUCGGUUCUUUUAUGUUUCCAGGCCGUUUCCUGUGGUCAUCCAAAUACAACUAUGAUCCAAAGCUAUAUUAUCAACAUGAGACAGUACUACGAAACAGCUCGUGUAUGCUUGACGUCGAUACCUUAAUCCCACCUACAGCCGACGGAUCCUAUACACCACCACCACCCGAUGCUUCACUUUUAGAUGCCGUGCAGAAGGCAUCUGGUUAUGACUAUAACCAAUAUUGCGAUGGUUGGCAUGCCAACCAUGGAUUUCACGACGAUACGGAAACGUACAAGGACGAAUGUGGAACAUGGCACUCGAAUUAUAUGAACUUGCAUCAACAACGUAUCCAACAAUAUCUACGCUUCCAAGAUGGCGAGUUGGAUGUGCUUGAAAAAGAACAUCCAGGCUAUGUGUCCUAUGUAUGCCAUGAAGAUCCUUUACAUCGAGGCAGUCGUGGAUGUGGUGGUUUAGCCGAUCGAAUGAAUGGCAUGGUAUCCACGUUCUUUUAUGCACUAAUGACGGACCGGGCCUAUUUUGCAAACUGGGAACAAGGCAAUCCAAUGGCCCUUGAAGACUUGUUUGAGAAACCAUCGAUUGAUUGGAGCUUUGAUCCUGAAGAGAUGAAAAGUGCCUUUACCAAUGUGUCGGAUGAUGAUAGCGUUUUAGGCUAUAAACAUAUCGAUACGCUGAAUCAAAAAUGGGGUCCUAUUGGUAGACUCAUGUUCCCCGAUGGCCCUGAUCAAGACUUUAAAACACUCUGGAACGCUUCGUAUAUUGAAUGGCACUCGAAUCGCGCUUUUGUCAUUCGCACAUUCCAAGAGUCCACACGUUAUCAAGAUCAGCUAGCAGCUAUGGGUCUUUCCAAGGAGAAUGCUUUCCGUUGCAUUAUCGAUUUCUUGUUCCGACCCACUGCAGGUCCUCGACAAUUCAUUCAAGCUUACAAGAACAUGUUUGAAAUGGAAAGCAUCCUUAGUAUUGGUUUGCAGAUUCGUACAGGUGACAACGGGAUUGUGAACCCUGGCAAGGAUCAAACCACCCUUUCCGACUGGAGCUACUUUAUGACAUGUGCCAAUCAACUACGUGAAGCCAAGCGACUACCUCACCAUAAGCAAGUGGUCUACUUCCUUAUUACCGACUCGGUCCAUUUACGCGAUGAAUUCAUGUCUUUGAAUCACGACAAGACCAAAGCACAAGAAUUUUUAGGCGAUGAAGGAUACGAGGACGUUACCAUGGUGACCACAGGGUUACCCAUUGAACACAUUGAAAGCAAGGUGGUGAAACCCAAGUUUACGCAUAAUCGAACACUUUUGAAGGAUGAGGAACCUGUUGAUCAGGUGGCAGCUGGUGUCCAUGCAGCCGUAAUUGAAAACUGGUUAUUGAGUUACACGGAUUACCGCCUGAUCAGCCGUCAGGGUUUUGGCAAAUUGGCAGCCUUCCAUUCAAAGUCGGCCCAUACUACCAUCGGCAUGCCAAAGCACACUACAGAGUAUCCUAUCCAGGUGGAUUGUGCUAAUCCUAACGCUAUCAUCAGCUUUGAUACCCUGAGCACGUGGUGGAGUCUUGGUUAG